AUGGCUCAGCAAUUAAUCGUGCCUGGUCUGAACGGGCCACUGAGCCAAUUAGUUUACGAAGAGAGUUCGCAUGUAUACAAGACUCUCAUUGACGACAAAGAGCUCGACGACGAAGACGAGAGACUUAAAGAGCACCUGAGCGCUCUCUUUUUGAUGAUCGACAAAUACAACCUACUUGAUCUGCUAUGCAUCCACUCUGCCCAUAGCCACUUUCCUCUCCCUGAAGGCACAGUUUUGUACGGAGUCGACGGCAAGUCGCCUAUCUGCCGCCGAACAAAGCCCACUCCAAUCAAGAAUAUAGUCGAUGAACAUGUUCACGGACAUAUCUUCGUCGUGGUAAACUCAAAGCUUCAAGCCUAUGAAUUCCAAGAAGGCGAUGCUCCGGACUUCUCCUGCCACAACCUAGAUCAGUUCCUCGAAGAAUACAUCGAUUUCGUUGAAGUACAAAAGUUGGAUAAACUUGCCGGCCUUCAGAUGCGGUAUGGGAACUUUGAGAGCUCGGAGAUGUGGGAGUGCUUCGAGGGCAACGAAAGUAUUAUGAUGGAUGCAUCGGCCGCAAAAUUGAGGGGAUACAAACCUGGUCGAGAAACUGGCUGGGUGGGCACCAAAGAGAACGGGCACAUUAGGUAUUCAGCAAAUGGGGGAUCCCCGUUGUGUGGUACCGUGAGCAUAAUCCACAAGUCAUCGUCACCCGUUGCGCGCAUCAAUGCUUCUGGUCGAACCGCAUAG